AUGGACCACCGACUGCCAGAACAAAGCGCGGGCGAUGACGCAUCUUCCCUGUUCGACCGGUUGCUGCUAGUUCAGGCGAGAUCCUUGCAGCUCAUCGAUAGCGCCCGCGGAGUCGUCCAACAGAAAUUCGCAGGAACAGGACAGAAGGUGGCAGCAUCCAAUGGCGUCACACACGGUGAUGCGAGUUUUAUCGGCGCAGCUGUUGCCGCCGUCGGCGCUGUGCCACGGUAUAUUGCUGCUGCUCAACAACACAAAGCGCUAGUGGCGUUCUGGGACCUCCAAAAAGAGGUCAUCGCCUACCAAGCUGCUACACCAGAACACAUGAGUACGCUCGCAUUUCAUCCCAGCGGCAGUUUGCUGUUCGCUGGGAGCAAGAGUGGAUGCUUGUACUGCUGGCAGCUGAACGGCGUCCUUCCGCUUCCAAACGACGCGCUUUGCCCCAGAGCUUCAGAAGGGGCAUCGCUGCUGCGGCGGUGUUGGCCUGCGCAUUACGGAGAAUGUGCGGCUCUCCUUGUUCAGGAUGACAGGGUUACCAGCGCAGGGGUUGACGGAAGUAUCAAGCAGAUCUCAUUGUACGAGUGA